AUGAUUUUUAUUUUACUUGUACAAAUUACUUAGUCUUUAAGCAUCCAUGAAUUUUUGGAACUCACUCCUUUUUAAAUUCAGAAAUUGAAGACAGAAACCCUCCAAGACUACUUUAUUUCAGGUUCAAUACAAGGAUAUUUGGGAUUGACAGAGUAUUCUCAAUUAAUUGACAAAUUGGCCAAUUCAUUUCCGAAUCAAGUGUCAUUGCGAUCCUUUGGCAAUACUUACUAAGGAACCCAAAUAAAGACAAUCCAAAUUUCAACAACUAAAUCUCCCAAGUAUUCAAUAGCAAUCAUUGGCAUGUUGGGGGGCUGUACUGAUUUAAUCUCAGUAAACUAUCUCCUGUAUCAAUUAUAUUUCAUAACCAUCCAAUUGUCCAACAAGAAUCCCUUUAUGAUGACUCUACUUUCAGACAAACAAUUGUUGAUUACUCCAUUAAUAAAUGCAGAUGGACUGCAAUAUAUAACAACUUAAUAUAUCCAAACUUAAACUAUGCCCCUCAUAUUUAAAAACAGAAAUCCUUCCAAUUCCAACAAAUGUUCAUAGAAUGAAAUAGGUGUUGAUCUUUCAAGGAAUUUUCAAUACAAAUUUGGAAUCAAUGAGAUUGGGUCAUCCUCAAACUAAUGCAGUCAAAUCUAUAGAGGUAGAAACGCCUUUUCUGAACCAGAAACGUUGGCUAUUGAUAAACUAGUUUAAUAGAUUAGACCAAACAUCUUAAUUGUGAUAGGUGGUGAUUUGGAUAAGUUAGUCAUUCCAGAUUCUAAUUCAUCGACUUAUUAAUAAUUGCUUUAUUAAGUUUCAAAAGAAUACAAUUUGAAAAUGGGAGAUCAUUAAACAUUGUAUCAAGUGGAAAUUAAUGGCGAUUUGUGUUAAAAUUACAUUUAUCAAAUCAACAACAUAUGCUACACCAUUAAUAUUGGAUAAUAUGCAUUAAAUUAGACUAUCCUUAACUUCUAAAAUCUAUUAUUUGAUGUGUUGUCACAUUACAGUCCUUCACUACAAAUAUAAUUCUAAUAGAAAUUUAAUUGUUAAAAUGGUAAAAUGCUGUGUAAUCAACUUGAGUCUAAUGAAAAGGGCUGUGUGAUCAUCAUAUCAGUAUAGAAUGUAGGUUAUAAUCAAUUUAAUGACAACAUAGUGAUGGACAUAACUUUGAAUUAAGGUGGUGAAAAACUAUAUCAGAUAGAUUCUUAUGUAAUUGCUCAAAGCAUCAAAAAUACAAGUGAUUCAAGUUUAAAGAAUGGAAUCUAGAUUGAUGAGACAUCCACAGACAGGGUUUAUAGAUAUCAAAUAGUGAAUAACAGAAGAUUAAAUCAAAACCAAACCAUUUAUUUUGUCUUCUUGCUAACUCAAUUUGGAUUCUCUUACAAUUAUAUUAACACUGUUGAAUCCAUCGAUUUAACAUUCUCACUUGAAAAUACUUUACUGAAUUCCCUAGUGUAUUAAACAUUGACACCUUCAGAUUUGGCUGCUAAAAACUCAAAAGAGCAACUAUAAAGGAUAUUUCCAAAUAGACCUGAAUCUUAUGUUUUACUCAUUUGUUUUGCAGCCAUUUCAGUCGUGUUCUUGUUCUCAUGGAUUAUUAGAAAAAUGUACAUCUGGAUUUAUGAUCCCCAUCAGUUUGUUGAAGAAAAUAAAUCUAAACUUGAAGGAUCAUCCGAUGAUAAGAAUUUAGAACAAUACAAAUCACAUAAUCUAGUAGAGAGCAGACUAACUACUCAAGUUAAACUAUAGUAAGUUGCACCAAUUAAAUCACUGCAUUAUAAUGAAUCACUUGAUUAAGGGUAACCAGAAUAUAAAGGAAUCAAUGGCAGUUAAUUAUUGCCUCAUCUAAACCCCAUCGAAAUUGAGAACAGAGUACAUAAGGCUUUAGAGAUAGUUAAAUCAUAGGAUGAUUUGGAUAAAUAAGAAUAAUACUUAGAAAUGGGUUAGAAUAUGCAUUAGAAUCAAUAUUAUAAUAUUUAAUAAUAGAAUCAACAUCAAAUGGAGGAGGAACUACUAGUAAAUACACCAAAUAUUUAACAAUAUGGCUAAAAUGAAGAUCAAUUAGUUAAAUUUGAGGAUUGA